UGGAGUCCGAGCGGCCGGCCCUCCGAGCGGUCAUCAAGGUGACACUGCUGAAGAACGAGCCUUCGGGGAAGCCUAUCACCCUGGAAGGGGUGUUCGUGGGAGGAAGUGCCGGCUACGCGGAGGGAAAACUGAUGCAGUAUCACCCUUUGUCUCUGUGCAACACAAGCGAGGAUGAACAACAAGAGAGUGACUUCAUCAUCAUUGUCAAACUGGAGCACAGGGUACCCCGAUGUCUGCCGCUGCUCGAUAAGGCUCGCAUGGCGCUGAAUAAAGGAGCCAAGGCUGUUAUCUUUGAUGUCAGUGAUGAUGCCAAUGCUGCUGCUGAGCUGCGAGAAAAGGACUCCCUUCACCAACCAGUCGUGCUGGUGGAGGCCGCAGAUGCUGAGGAGCUGAUGGGUUUGGUCAACAAGAACGAGGAGGCAAAAGUUCAAAUUGAGAUCAUGGUGGAGCAGUCUAGAUGGCCACAUUAUGAUGUGGGUAUCCUGCUCACCAUUGUCCUGGCUAUUCUGACCAUCGUCUUAAUCUUUGCUUUCCGCUACAAGUGCAAGUCCAACAGAACCUGGGACUCUGUCCAUCAGCAGACCAUGCGGGCCAUUAGUCGAUUGGAGACCAAAACCUACAGCUCUCAGGGCUGCUCAGGCUCACAGCGCCACCGAGCAGCCUGGGGGUCGGCCAGCAGCUCCAAUUCGAGCCCUGUCUGUGCUAUAUGCCUGGAGGAGUUCCAGGAUGGGCAGCAUUUGAGGAUCAUCUCCUGCGCUCAUGAGUUCCAUAAAGACUGCGUCGACCCUUGGCUGCUGCAGCACCGCACCUGUCCCCUCUGCAUGCACAACAUCAUGGGUGAGGACAAGCAUAUUUCCAGGACAGAGCGGCAGCCCCAGAGAAGCAGACUCCAGCAGAGUCCAGAACAAAGCCAGGGCUUCCUGCACCCUCAGCCUUAUAGCAGCCCACACAACCACCCCUUCCCUCAGCAUGCUAUCCCCUUCUCUAUGAGGCCCCACUAUCCUCGUGGACCCUCUGGACCAUACCCCUCUCUGGGCCACUACAGUGGCUCUUCUCCCAUGGACACACAAACACUACGUUUCCUCACCAGCAGGCCGCUUGGCUCCGGCUGUGGGUACCGUGUUCCUGCAGAGGGUCCCGGAAGGCCCCACAGAACUGGAGCCAACUGCAGGACGUCCACUCACCACUACACCCCUCGUCGGUCCUGCCACAACUAUCGUUCAUCCUGUCCAACCCAGCGCAGUGCAUCCUGCUCAAGACUGCACCACACAACCUCUGUCACACCACAGACCCGUGGAGCACCAGCCCACAGCCGCCAGGACGAGGGCAGCUGCUCAGGUGGCAGCUAUCACACAGAACGCAGUGGAUACUUGGCUGACGGGCCAGCGAGCGACUCCAGUUCAGGGCCCUGCCAUGGCUCCUCCAGUGACUCUGUUCUCAACUGUACUGACGUAUCCCUGCAGGGGGUUUAUGGCAGCUGGUCAACCUUCCGUAGCUCUCUGAGUAGUGACUACGAUCCAUUUGUGUAUUACGGGGCAGGUCCUGGGCGGGGCCCCCGGAGAAACAGCCUGGAGGCUGGUGCCCAGGCCCGGCCCAGGUCUCUGGAUUCUGUGGUGAACAAAGGAGGCUGCCCUGAAGAACAGCCACAGACUGUGUUCAGCCACAUCCACUACCAUCGCCACAGACACCAUCACUAUGAGGAGGGGGAGCACAACCAGGGUCCAAGCAGAGGCUCAGACGAGGAGCACGGGGCUGCUGCUGCUGCACCCGUUUCUCUUAUCCUGGACAAAGAUUCACCCGUGUGCCCUCCUAAGCACAGCCCCUGCCUGUGCCCAAAGCCAGACCCCACAGAUCGGCCCAGCCCGGGACAGACAGAGUGUCAGGACCUUGACCACAGCAGUCCUACAGGACCUCCUGUCCUGAUGUCCCCAAUCCCCCUACAGGUCCAACCCCACUGCUGCCACCAGGGACACGGACACCCUCCCGCUCCUCUUGGGCGAGUGGGUGGCUGUGUGCUUGAUGGACCCUCUGUUCGCUUCCACCAGAGCCUGGAUCUGCAGGAUGACCGUAGCAUCCACAUUCACUACGGCCAGGGCUCGGGCUUCUGCUGCUCUCCCCCUGAGCUGCACCCUGCUUUGCUUCCCAUGCCCCUCAUUCUGGACUCUGGAGGGAUGGAGGACUGGCGUUGUUGUUCUGGGGCCCAUGUUGUGUGGCAAAAACGGGUGCAGCAGGCUCGCUCAGAGCCUCAGCUCCUGGGACCUGGGACUGCUAUGGACAGGCCACCUUGCAGGUUCCACCGCGGGCCUGCUGCUGACUGCAACACAGACAUUUGUUUAUACUGCCAAACAUUACACCACAAUCAGGGAUCAGAAGAGGAGUCUGGUGUGUGAGAAGUUGUUGCAUCCUCCAUUAUCACGCUGCUACAGAGGAGCCAGAAUGGACAAGCCUCUCAUUGGCUAAUCGCUCGCAUGUCUUCCACAUAAUUCCACCAGCAAUGCUUUCCUUCAGGCGAUUCCCCAGCUUCCACCAGGAUUCAAAGCUCACACGCUGAACAGCACUUUCAGCUGAGUUAAUUGGGUUAUUAUUAAAAGUGAAAUUAUUGUGAUUAGAUUAUGCUAAAGAUGUUUUGUAUCAAAAUACAUUGAAUGUCUUAAAUGUUUAGAGGCAGGGAGUUGCUGGGGAAACAACUCAUACACUACAAAGGGGAAAAAGUGUUUUUCUGUGUUUCUCCUCGUCAGUUAUAGAAAGAAUAUUCAUUACUGACAUGAUAUCACAAGUUCCAUGCUCCUUAGUGACAACUAACGAAUGAUCCUUGCUUAGGGUGUUGAGCCCUCAUGAAGUGAGACUCCAUCUCUGCAUUGCUCACUCUAUUACAAAGUAACUUGAUUUAUCUUAGAGGUACUUAACUUUCACUUGUGUGAUCUUGGUCUUCCUUUGCUGAGUCCAGUCUCUCCUGAGAGAAGCUUUACUCUCCAGCCUACCUCAGCUCAGAUUUCUUUACAUGCCUCACACAGGGCGUCUUUAAAGGUACUGCUGUAGUGAUUUUUGAUUUUUUUGUUUUCACAACCGUGUAGCUCCCAUAAACUCAACUAAAAGUUAUCCUCUUGGCAGUCUAACCUGUCCGAAUGGAGAGAAAGAGAGAAAGGUUGAUGCUCAGCCCCUCAAACAAUGAGCAUUCACUGAGGUUGCUGAGCCGUGCAUGGGCCUUGUUUUCAUUAUUUCAAUAAUGGCAGCUGUUUUUAACAUUUUUUUUGUGUGUUUUUGGAUCAUUUUCUGUUUUGUUUUGUUUUUUUUUUUUAGUCUGUAAUUUUUUUUUCACCUUUCAAAAUGAACCAGUUUGACUGAAUUGUGUCGUCGUCAUUACAAGCUAUUGUCUCAUUCUUGUCAUUUUUCUUGCCAGUGGUUACUUCACGGGUUUGACCUCAGUACUUUUAAACCCCCUGAUCUGUGCAGAGCGAACAGGCUUCAUCAGAAGGAUGUCAAAAAUAUCCUCUGCUCCUUUCAUGCCCAAUUCAUGUCCUAUUCUCCUCCAAAAAGGAUAUACCCUCCCUCUUUCUUUCAGCAACAAAAGCUCUAGAAAAAUGUUCUACAUUGCAGCCAUAGAAAAGACAUAGUGACUAUAUAAUUAUGAUGAUAAUAUAACUGGAGUAAAGCCAUGCUAGGUAGGCAUUACAGUCUCAAGCAUCAGCUGAGUCUGUUUGCAUUUGCAGCAGUUUAAUGAAAGCUUGGUGUGCUUUUCCCAUGAUUUCAAACUGUAAUGGGUAGAGUCUGAGAAAAGUCUCAGGAACAAUCAAACACUGGAAAGAUGGGAAGAAUUCAUCUUAGUUACAGUAAUGAUACCCAAAUCAGCAAAAAAUCCUUUACCGUGGUAAAUGGGCAUUGCCAGUCCCUGCUUUUGAGCUUGCAGUACUUGAAGGAAAAUCCAUCUUAAAUCAGAAAUGAAAUACAGUAUUGAGUAAUGAUUUUUUUUUUUUACAUUCUGAUAUGAAUAGUUUUUAAAAUGUUUAAACCAUCUCUCAAAGCUAGAAAUGACACAUCCCUUGUUUAAAUCUUUGUUACCUAGUAUUCCCUCUGUUCCCAGACAGAAAAUGUGCUUAUGUUCCCAGAAAUCUUCUCUGUACACUUAACCUGUGUAGAUAAAAGUCGACCUCAUCAUGCCAUCAAAGAUGGCUCUCUUAUAUUUAUCUUAACCACAGACGUCUUCAUGCUCACAUGUACUAAACUAAAUAGUAUCAGAUAAGAGGAAUAGGAAUUCUGUUUUAGUGUGGACUUUCCCUUAAAGGCUCAGUGAAAAUGUGAAAGGAUUUUUCUUUGCAGUCAGACUGCAGAUAUGGUUUAGUUUAGCACAAACAGCAGACAAAGAGCUCAUGGGUAUUGCAAUGUAACCAGUAGCACUUACUAAAGCCUUACAUGUGCCUUCUUCAUUCAAACUGUUCAUAAUCCUAAAUCUGGAACUUCCCAACUCACUAAGCUCUUACCUGUCUAACCAAAGAAGCAAAAUCUUGAACACAGUGAACUUUUAACAUAGUAUGUGUUGUGCCUUAUUUCUUGCCUCGUCCCCGUCCUUAAAUCUCAGAAUUAAAUGUACUUUCACUGACAAGAGGGAUGCCAGAACUGAAGAGGAAAUCAUUUUGGACAAUCAUGCAGAACUUUUCGCCUGCAGUUCCUCAUACUAAUACCUCACUUUGAAUGAGUCAACUCAGUGUCCUCUAGCUAAAGUAUCAGAGUUUCCUUGUUUGUUAUCUUUCAUGCCCUAACAGUCUCUGAGAUGGAAAUGACUGAAUUACAAGCAGCACUUUGGCUUAGGUAGAUUUUAUAAUAAAAAAAAAAAAGAAAAAUAACACAAAUCUUAUAGUAUUAAUUUAAAACAAUCCCAAAACCAUCAGCACAUGAAAAAUAGCAUUUGGUGAUGCCGCAGAAUAUCUGAUGUGAUUUCAUCCCGUUCAAGAUCUUUCUCUUUGUGUUGUUUAUGUGUUUGUUAAUGUUUUGCAAGAAUAAUGAGCUGAAACUGCCUUUUUUUAAUAGAGUAAAAAUCCCUCCAGAACUUUAAGGGAUAUGUCAGUAUAUUUUGGAUACUUUGUGUACAAAAAGAGAACAACAAAAACAGAAAU